UGAGUAGGAAGCUGCGUCUCCAGUCGAGACUUGGACCGAGGAACAGGCUCACUUGUCAUUUGGGUGUCUCAGGGAUCAGUCCAGCGCUCCCUAUGUAGGGUGCUAGCAGAAUGCGCAGGUGACAGCUGCAUCGCACUCCCAACAAACUGUUUUGAGGAGUUCAUCUCUGACCUGUGCGGGUGCAAGGUCUCCAUCAGGUGCACAUCACCGUACGAGGAUGCUGAGCCACUCGGGCGCGGAGUGGCACGGUCGCCUCGGAGGCGUUACGGUCGCCCCGUAACUCCAUGGCUACCUCAUUAGGGGUACUCUGGAAAAACAGGUGUCAGGGAAGUGACGUCACGAGCCUCGAAAACCGGAGGUGUGAGCUUCGGAGAGCAAGAUGGCAGCGAAAUCCGACGGUCGGGGGGUCGUCACCGGUUUCGCCCAGCUGCAUAACCUGGACGAGGCGGUGGGCGGCUGCGAGGACGAACCCGGGCAGGGCAGCUCCUUCCACAUAUGCCACUGCUGCAACACCUCGUCGUGCUACUGGGGCUGUCGGAGCGCCUGUCUGCAUUACCUCCUGGGGAAGGGGAGAGACAUCAGGCGGCCACCUCACGAGGAGCGGCGCCUGUGGUUGGACUGCCUGUGGAUCGUCCUAGCGCUGCUGGUCUUCUUUUGGGACGUGGGCACUGAUGUGUGGCUCGCCGUUGAUUACUAUACCAAGCAGGACUACCUCUGGUUCGGGCUCACGCUGUUCUUCGUGCUGGUCCCGUCGGUUCUGGUUCAGAUCUUGAGCUUCAGGUGGUUCGUGCAGGAUUACACGGGGGGCGGUUUGGGCACCGUGGAGGGGCUCAGCAACCGGAGAGCCACUGCGACUUUGAGCAGUAGGGCAAAAUGCUGUCGCUUGUCUGUGUGGGUUUGGCAGACGAUCAUACACAUCCUUCAGAUGGGACAAGUGUGGAGGUACAUCAGAACCAUGUACCUCGGCAUCCAGAGUCGCAGACAGAAGGACAACCAGCGACGCUUCUACUGGGCCAUGAUGUACGAGUAUGCCGAUGUCAACAUGCUCCGUCUACUGGAGACAUUUCUGGAGAGCGCUCCACAGCUGGUGCUUCAGCUCUGCAUCAUGAUCCAGAAGAACCGAGCCGAAAAGCUGCAGUGUGUGUCAGCAGUUGCGUCUCUCCUCUCUCUCUCCUGGGUUCUGGCCUCGUACCAUAAGCUUCUACGUGAUUCCCGCGACGACAAAAAGAGCAUGAGCUACCGGGGAGCACUGGUGCAUCUCAUGUGGCGUUUCUUCACUAUUUCUUCCCGGGCUCUAUCCUUCGCCCUCUUCGCCUCAGUUUUCCACCUCUACUUUGGCAUUUUCGUGGUGCUGCACUGGUGUGCCAUGGCCUUCUGGGUAAUCCACGGAGGCACCGACUUCUGCAUGUCCAAAUGGGAGGAGGUGCUAUUCAACAUGCUGGUAGGCGUGGUCUACGUCUUCUGCUGGUUUAACGUCAAGGAGGGAAGGACCCGAUACCGCAUGGUGGUUUAUUAUUCGCUGGUGCUGGUAGAAAAUACCAUUCUGACUGCUCUGUGGUAUGCCUACAGAGACCCGGUCACAACUGACUCUUACGCUGCAUCGGCUCUCUGCGGCGUCUUCCUGUGUUUCAUGUCUGGAGUCGCCUGCAUGGUCCUUUACUACGGGGUUCUGCAUCCCAUGGGGCCCAGGCUAAGGGUGCUGGCCAGUUCCUGCUGUGCUGAGCUUCUCUGGGGUCUCCCUUUACCACCAGAGGCCGAGCCUAUGGCACCCACACCAGGUCCUCGGGGCUCCCAAGCUACCCCUACCAGAGCCAUGGCUUCAGGAGACUAUGGAGAGUCGGAGGAAGCUGCCACAGAUACUUGCCUGCCCGUGUUUCAGGUGAGAUCCACAGAGCCCACCGAUGCAGCGGGCAGGCCCAUUCCUCCCGAAGGGCCCCUAAUCAAGAUUGACAUGCCCAGAAAGCGCUACCCGGCCUGGGAUGCUCACUUUGUGGACCGCCGCUUGCGGAGGACCAUAAACAUUCUCCAGUACAUCAGCCCCAACGCGGUGGGCAUCAGGUACAGGGAUGGACCCCUGCUCUACGAGUUGCUCCAAUACGAGUCCUCCCUAUGAAGGCGUUCAAUGCCUCCCUUUUCCAUGCCCUCUCUGGUUCUCCACUUCCCUUGGUGCUUUUUUCUUCGAAAAUUUUAUUUAGUUGUACCCUCAAGUUAUGAGAGUGCAUCUAAGGUCUACAAAGAGUCUAAACAGAGAAUAUUCUACAUAUAUUUUGACAAACACAGUAUACAGAUGGAGGACAAAUAUUCAGAUAUACAACAUUCCCUAGUUUGGAUAGUUAUGGUGUGAGUGUUCUACUAAUGUGUGUGUGCAGUGUGUAAUGUUGUUUAUGGCCCUGUGAACUUUGACAUUUGCAAUGCAUGAUGGGAAUGAUGGAGGAACAUAGUCUUUAACAUCCUCAUUCUGAUUUCAUUUCGACCAUUUUGUGCCUACUUUUUUCCAAGCGGAUGCGAUGAUGAAUUAAGCUAAUGUAAAUGAUGGCAAAAGAUCAUUAUAAGCUAGACACAACGGCCCACAUCUUCCUGCGGCUAACCGGGAUACUUUAAACAAAAACUAAAUAAAAAUGGAAUUUAUGAAAUUCAUAAAACCAAAAGGUGAAGAGCAAUGAUGUCUAUUUGGUGAAAAAUGUAUGUGUUUACCUACCAUAUAACACUGCCACUGGCAUUUUGAACAUAAUAAGGGCCUUAACAUUUUGUAUAUCUAAGAUAGUCUUUGGCCAUUGAUGGCCAUUGCUGCUAUCUUCCAUUCUGUGAUGAAUAUAUAAGGUUAACACUUUACAUUAAAGAGUUAGUUUACCCAAGAAGGAAAAAUCUGUCAUGAAUUAGUCACCCUCAUGUCGAUCCACAUCCGUAAGACCUUCGUUCAUCUUCGGAACACAAAUAUUUGGAAGUUUUCUAAGCCCCAUAGACAGCAACCCAACUACAACUUUCCAGGCCUCAGAAAAGUCAUUAAAGACAUAGUCCACAUGACCAUAGUUAAUUAAAAUAGUCCACAUGACUACAGUGGUUCAAGCUUCCUUUUAUUCAGUCUCUAAUGCGUAUUCACAAAAGCAGCGCAUGCAUGCAAUGCACAUCGGCAUCUUGCGUCACCCAUAGACAUAUAUGUAUAUAAACACUAUAUUGCCAAAAGUUUUGGGACAUCUGACUUUAUAUGCACAUGAACCUAAAUGACAUCCCAUUCUUAAUCCAUAGGGUUUAAUAUGGAGAUGGCAGGGCAGCUAUAACAGCUUCAACUCUUCUUGGAAGACUUUCUACAAGGUUUAGUGGGUUUAUGGGAAUUUUUGACCAGCACAUUGGCAAGGUCAGACACUGAUGUUGGAUGAGAAGGCCUCGCUCAUGGUCCCUGCUCUAAUUCAUCUCAAAGAUGUUCUAUUGGGUUGAGGCCAGUCAAGUUCCUCCACACCAAACUCGCUCAUCCAUGUCUUUAGGAACCUUGUUUUGUGCACUGGUGCACAGUCAUGUCGAAAAAGGAAGGGGCCAUCCCCAAACUGUUCCCACAAAAUGUGGAGCAUAAAAUUGUCCAUAAUGUCUUGGUAUGAUGAAGCAUUAAGAGUUCUUUUCACUGGAACUAAGGUGCCAAGCCCAAUCCCUGCAAAACAACCCCACGCCAUAAUGCAGUCAGGCAAGUACCGUUCUCCUGGCAACCGCCUUUGCAGUCAACUUGGUAAUGUAAGGCUUGGAUGCAGC